ACCGCACGACCUCACCCGCGGCCCGCUCCUCUUUCUCCCUCGUCUCUCUCCUCCUCCUCCUCCUCCUCCUCCCCUCUCUCUCUCAGGCUGUUAGGGUGGCGAUUAGAAUCGGAUCUUUGGCGCGGCUUGCAGUUGGAGAUCAUGAGGAGAUUCCCAGUAGAGGAUUGCCUUCCAUAGUAGCUAGACCGGCUCUGUUGCUUCUGUUCUUGGGGAUUCUGAACCCUAUUUGCUGGAACAAGAUGAGAUACUUGAAUUCCGUCAGCGGGACUCAAUCCGAUGCAGCUCCUGUUAGUGGAGGAGGACUCAGUCAGAAUGGCAAGUUCAGUUAUGGGUAUGCGAGCUCUCCGGGCAAGAGGUCUUCGAUGGAAGACUUUUUUGAUGCAAGAAUUGAUUGUGUUGAUGAAGAAAUUGUGGGUUUUUUUGGGGUCUUCGAUGGUCAUGGCGGUGCUCGGGCAGCGGAGUAUGUCAAACAAAAUCUCUUCAGCAAUUUAAUUAGGCACCCAAAGUUCCAUAGUGAUACCAAGUCAGCUAUAGCUGAUACAUACAACCAUACAGACUCAGAAUUUCUGAAAUCUGAGAAUAAUCAGAGCCAUGAUGCUGGCUCAACUGCUUCAACUGCUGUCCUUGUUGGUGAUCGCUUGUUAGUUGCAAAUGUUGGUGAUUCCAGGGCUGUUGUAUGUAAGGGUGGAAAAGCUAUUGCUGUCUCAAGGGAUCACAAGCCUGAUCAAACAGAUGAGAGACAACGAAUUGAAGAAGCUGGUGGUUUUGUGAUGUGGGCUGGAACAUGGCGGGUUGGUGGUGUUCUUGCAGUUUCUCGUGCAUUUGGUGAUAGACUCUUGAAACAGUUUGUUGUUGUUGAUCCAGAAAUAUGGGAAGAGGUAAUUGAUAGCUCUCUGGAAUUUCUCAUCCUUGCAAGUGAUGGACUUUGGGACGUAGUUACAAAUGAGGAGGCUGUUGCCAUGAUUCAAUCCAUAGAGGACCCAGAGCAAGCGGCAAGGAGACUGUUGCAGGAGGCUUGUCAAAGAGGGAGUGCCGAUAAUAUAACUUGCAUUGUUGUUCAUUUCUCGGCUGGUGAGAAUAACACUACCGUUGAACAUCAAUAAAAUCAUGCUGCCUGCUCUGAGUCUUAGCUUUUAGUAAUCAAUCCUAAGAUUUAGAAGUCAAUAAGGGUUCACCGGCUUAUAAGGGCCCAGCAAAUGGAAUUAACAUGUCGGGGAGUCCUCCGGCUCAUAAUGACAUGUUUACCUUGUGUUGUAUCGUAGAACAAACAUUGCAAUUUGCUAGAGCAGUCUAAUAUUAUCGUCCUGGCCCGAAUGCUGUGUCGGCAGAGUGGUAGAACUGCUUUGCUUAUUUAAAGACCUCUCGUAAUAUACUUGAUGACGGACACUUUAAUGCAUUCAUUUGUUCUA